ACAUUGUCUUCCAACAAUCAACUACUACUUCUAAUAUAUAUUGGAAAUAGCGGCCGAAGAACUUGUGUUUUAGUACAAAACAGGACUAGAAAUCUCAAAAUGGAAGACACCCAAACCAAACCACGAGUACCAAUUGCCGCUUCCUACACUUCACCAGGACCUCGUUAUGGAUUACCAGUACUGACAGGUAGUAACAGCCACGACCCUAGAAGCGGCCAUACCAAACAACCAGCUUUUUCAUUUGGAGUAAAACAUGGAAAAUUAGCAGAUGAUUGCAGUCCAGGACCAAGAUAUUUACCUGACUCAACAAUAACCCGAGCUGGUAAAGAUGGUACACCUCAUUACUCUCUAUAUGGGCGCCACCAGGCAGCCACCAUGUUCAAAACACCAGGUGUGGGUUCGUACAGACCGGAAGAUGCCGGGCCUUCGUCGAAAUUUUCUCAUCCGACAUUUACUUUUGGAAGCAGACCAAGAUACAGGAAAAGUGACAACACCCCGGCAGCAAACAGUUACACAUUACCAGGCAUGACUGGAUCCACUGUUCUUAGUGGUAAGAAACAGGCACCUUGUUAUUCAUUACCUGGAAGACAAAGAGUCGGUGGAUUCUCAGAAGAUUUGGCUAAAGCACCAGGACCCGGCGCGUAUAACACUACAGAUCCAACCACCUUUAAAUCACGAGCACCACUUUACAGCAUGACCGGGAGAAGCAACAUGCCAGGUGAUUCUACACAGAAGCCAGGACCAGGGGCUCAUUCUCCACAGAAUACCUGGACACACAAGAAGAAGAAUCCGGUAUUUUCUUUCGGUGUAAGACAUAGUGCAUUCACAACUCCCUUGAUCGUUGAUGUAUCUGAUUGAAUGACGGCAUGUAAAUAGACUUAGUUUGAUUUAAUACCUUUGUAUUUCUUAUUGUUUCUUUCUAUAUUAUUCCGUCCAAAUGUAUCAUUAUGUAUAUAAUCGUUUGUAAGUAAUUUAAUAAAGGUUUGUUUCUUUGUAACCAA